AGAAUUUCAAAAAAAAACGAAUAAUUGAUUUCAGUUAACUAAUUAGGCGUAAUAUAAGCAUAUACUGAGGAACGCCACACCACGGCAAACCUUACGUCGUAAAUUUCACCCAGCUGCGUUUAACCACUAUGAUUAAAUCCUUGGCUCAAGCUACGUGAAGCACCCUGUAUGUGAUUGCAUGACGUUUGUGAUCGGCCUGGUUUAUGUUGCGUCGACCCCAUCUAAGAAUGCUGGUUGGUGCUCUGUAAUAACGCUAGCGCUAUAAAAACAUGAAAAUUUGUUAUGUACAUAAAGGCCUACUAUAGUGCUGGCCCAGACUGACACUCUCGUUGAUCUUAUCACGCCUGUUCCUCAGCUCGAUGGCUUUGACGUGCCGUACCUCCGGUUUCGAGAGGCCGUCAACGUGCGCCCGCUCACCAGCCACGAUCGCACACUCACGGUCGAGCGCACGGGCCGUUUUAAAUGUGGGGCCAGCUAUGUAGUCAGGUACGCUAUCCGUAUCGCUUGUCCGAUGGUUUUCAACAAUUUUCCUGCUGAUGAACAAAUAUGUGACAUCAACAUCCAGCACGAUACCGAAGAAAGAUAUUCAGAGACAUAUCGUUACCUCAUCUGGGAAAAAAAGGACCCGAUUCAUUUGUUACCUUCUUUCAAGCAUCCGGAAUUCCACCUUGAGGCCAGCAAGAGAAAGUUCAGACAGCACUGGAGCAGCACGGUGCCCAAGGUGUCCGGUGGUUUAGGACUCCGUCUACGCCUCACGCGUCGCCUUUCAGCUCAGCUGCUGCAGACGUACGCGCCCAGCGGGUUCCUCGUGGCACUGUCCUGGUCGGGUCUCUGGCUCCGGGGUCUGGGCGAGCGUUUGGGCCUCUGCUGCAUGCUGCUGCUGGCCCUCUGCGCCCAGAUUAGUCAGCAUCGCAGGAUCCUGCCUCCCUGCGCCGGUCUCACGGGCGUCGACGUCUGGAUGUUCUCGUGCCUCCUUUUCGUCUUCGCUGUGAUGGUUGUUUUUGCCGUGAGUCACAACAUCGGACUGAAGAGAAGAAGCGGAAACGCCUGCGAGACGCGUGAUCGUGGUCGCCACCGCAAAUAAAGCAAAAA